UGACACAAGUGUUGGAGAGGCAAAGAGGGUCCUUAAUAAGCCACACUUUGACGCUCCUGGCGUCAGAACAAGCUGGCUUUCUGAAGGACAAGAGGCAGCUAAGAGGCCUCUGUGCCUGUGGACAAAUCUCCAGAGAGGGUCUCUUGACUGACAAGUGAUGCCAAGGGCCACUUAGCUGUACUUUAUUUCUUUUGAAAGAACUUGGUGAGAACAGGUAGAGGACACACAGCAAAUCACCUUCGGUGCUUUGGUGCCAGGAACCCUAUAUAAACGGAGUCCUCCUCUCUCGUGCCUGGAAACAACCAGGAUCGGUGGGGACAGCUGAAAGCUAGCCAGAAGACUCGAGAUGGAGAAUAACAGCAAAAGUAGCAAGGAUGUCCUGAUGAUAGAGGCACCCCCGGUGAGUCGUUCUCCACUUGGGACUGAGUUCCUGCUCCUGCAGGUAUGGUGUGGAGUCCAGCCUGGGCAAGGAGGGCUGAACUGGAGAGAGAGGGAUGCCCAGGGAUGGCCCAUAGCAUUUGGAACUGGGGCAAGGUGGUCCUCUGGGAUGUUCUCCUCCCUGCUCUCCACUCCAAGGGGCUUGUGAUGGAGAACGUCCCACUGGACUCUGCCCUAUAGAUUCUGCUCUGCCGGGGGUUGGACUCAAAGGCACUUGGGGUCCUUUCCAUCUCUACAGUUAUAUGAUUCAGUGGGCCAGACUGGGCUGCCUGUCUCCCACUCUGCUGCCAUUCAUGGUGCCCAAAAUCUGCCCCGCGAGAUGGCAGGCCUAACACUAAAACCACCCACACAUUGGAUUAUGAAUGGAUGGAUGGAUGAAUAGGAGCUGUGGUUGCCUCAAAUGGCUUUGUCCUUCUGUGCUUCCCUCUAACUAUACAGUAUAUACAUUUUGGUUCCUAUUUCCUCAGUGCCUCAGUUCUUACUAAGGUGGUAAACCUGUGUCUGCGUGCCCAACUUUCAUGUUAGAUCGUUUUUAUUAAUUUUCCAAUAAAACAUCCAAUUAAUAUAUCAAAUCAUAAUCCAAUAAAAAUAUAAAAACUAUGGGAGGCUGUAAAAUUAAUAAUUAAAAUUUGGAAGAUGUUGACCUUUUUUAAUUGCAUGCCCCACUUUAAGCUGCAGGGUGCGGGAGUGUCACAUGAGGGAACCUUCCUCUAUACAGGAACUCCUGCACAUAGAAAGCUAGCCUGCAAGGGUCAAAGUCUAUCCUUUACUCUAACAGGCUGGGUUUUUUAUGCACAGGGAUUUUUGCUGUAUGGAGGAAUACUCCAUCAUAUGAGCCCCUACCUGUAAUCUGAAGUGGUGCAGUCCAGAGGCAGUGCAGAGUUAAACUAUGGAACUCACUCCCACAGGAAGCAGUGAUGGCCACUGUGAUGUAACAUAUGAGAGUGCUGGAGGUGAAAUAGUUAAACAGGUUACCCAAUCAGAGUCCAGGGGGGUGGAGUCAGAGGGACUAUAAAACCAGCUCUGGGAGGGGCAAAGGGAGGAGUUCGUUGGGAGUUGGGUGGUUGGUUGGAGUGGGAGUGAAUUGGGAUAGAGUCUGGGGGUAGGUUGAGUUAGUGUAGUGAAAUAAGCUGAGUCAGGAAGAGUUAGGGGCUAGGAAGACAAGUAAAUACAGUGGUACCUCAGGUUAAGUACUUAAUUCGUUCCAGAGGUCUGUUCUUAACCUGAAACUGUUCUUAACCUGAAGCACCACUUUAGCUAAUGGGACCUCCUGCUGCUGCCGCUGCUCCGCCGGAGCACGAUUUCUGUUCUCAUCCUGAAGCAAAGUUCUUAACCUGAAGCACUAUUUCUGGAUUAGUGGAGUCUGUAACCUGAAGCGUAUGUAACCCGAGGUACCACUGUAUCUGAGAGGUGGUUUAGUGAGUGAGAGCAGGUAGCGGAAGUUAUAGGUCUGGAUAGGCACCCCAUGAUUGUAAUUGACCGAUACCGUUUAUGAAACCACACGCUUGUUAAACUGCAAUAAAUAAACAGAAGUUUAUGUUCCAACUUAACCCUGACUGGACUCAGUAUUGUACCAGGUAGGGCCUGGGUGGUGGCAGCAAGAAAUAAAGUGGUGGCACAGGGAUCAAUAGACGGUGAAAUGUCCUGUGUGACCCUGUGUGAUCACCACAGAAAACAACAUGGAUGGCUUUGGAAGAGGAUGAGACAAAUUCAUGGAAGAGGAAAAGGCUAUCCAUGGCUACUUGCCAUGAUGGCUAUGCUCUGCCUUCACAGUCAGAGGCAGCAAUGCUUCUGAAUACCAGUGACUGGAAACCACAGGAGGGGAGAGUGUUGGUCUUCUGCUGGAAUCCUGCUUGCUGCUUUCCCACACGCAUCUGGUUGUCCACUGUGAGAAGAGUUUGCUGGAUUAGAUGGGCCAUUGGCCUGAUCCAGUUGGUUCUUUUUAUGUGCUUACGUUUGCUCCUUCCAUGAGAACUUGUAUGUGCCUCUGUCCAAUCAUUCUGUCUGGGUCAAAAUGCACCACAACGUUCUCAUGAGCAUCUUUUCUGGUUCUGCAGGGUUACACGGCCUCCCCCCGGCUCCCCGGACUACCUUGCAAGAAGCUCUUGAUCGUGGUGGUGGUGGUGGUGGUGAUCGUUUUGGUUGUCCUGGCUUUUGGGCUGAUGGGGCUGCGCAUCACGGAGAAGCACACAGAGACAGUAAGUACAGCAUGAUAUAUCACAGAAUUGCGGAGUUGGAUGGGACCUCACGGGUCAUCUAGUCCAACCCCCUGCAAUGCAUGAAUCACAGCUACAGCAUCCAAGACAGAUGGCCACCCAACUUCUGCUUAAAAACCUGAAGUGAAUGAGGUCUGCUGUGGGUCACCUCAAGAAAUGCCACAGCUAGUAAUUCCUCAAAUGCCUGUUGGGGCUAAAGGUGGGUCCUUCACCUGCGAAGGCUGAAGACAACUGGCUUAAACACCUGUGCACUGAACCUUGUUGAGUACUGUGGUUUCCCUAAGCAGAAGCAAAUUCCAAGGGGGAAGACUCCGCUAAACAGCGGGCUAACCUUUAGAGCUCCAGAUCUUGCUGGACUCCCACUUCCACCACCCUUGGCUACUUGUUCCCAGACCUGCUGGGUGAGCAGUCCCACCAUACCUGGAGGGUCAAAGGUUCCCACUCCUCUGUCUUCUUCCCAAAAUGAUGGUAGUUGUUUGUUUUCAUAGUACUGACAACUCUCAAGGCCCGUACACACUUCCACCAGUGUGGUGUAGUGGUUAAGAGCGGUGGACUCGUAAUCUGGUGAACCGGGUUCGCGUCCUCGCUCCUCCACAUGCAGCUUCUGGGUGACCUUGGGCCAGUCACACUUCUCUGAAGUCUCUCAGCCUCACUCACCUCACAGAGUGUUUGUUGUGGGGGAGGAAGGGAAAGGAGAAUGUUAGCCACUUUGAGACUCCUUCGGGUAGUGAUAAAGCGGGAUAUCAAAUCCAAACUCUUCUUCUCUUCUUCCACUUGCAUUGUGCCUGGAAAGCUUGGGUCUCAGUGGUUUUCCACUUGACCCACACUUUCUAGGUAGGGGUCCAAGCAGUCCUCCCCUUGCUCCACUCCUUUCCCAGGGAAAACCCACACUUUAGCUCUAAACUGGAGCAAAUGUCAAUCCGGGAAAAGACGGAAUUCCUGUUUGCUCCGACUGAGGGCUAAGAAGCAGUUCUAGGGAUAAAGCCAAAACCGGGUGGGAUUGCCCAUGUCUUUUUUCCUGGACUCCCAUCCCCUUUCCACCUCCUAUAUUUAUUCAUUUAUAUUUAUGUUAUAUUAUAUUUAUAUUAUAUUCAUUUAUAUUUCCAAAGCAUGUAAAGCUGAAUGUACCCAAGUUAAAUGCUCCAGUUCAUACGUCUCGUUCCCUUUGCUCUUCAACACUCAACAUGGUCUCCUUUUCAAUGUCUAGGUCCUGCAAAUGACCAUCCAAGGCCUGGAUGGGGAGGGCUCCCCACAGCAUCUUUCCAUGAGCAGGAAGGAGAGACUGGCCACCUUCCACGUCAGCAGGGUCAACUCUUCGGCCACCGUGGUGUAUGACUACAGCAACGUAAGAUUUGUUGAAACGGGUUCUUAGUUUCCAAAGGAGUCAUGCAGCUUUGCCCAAGGCCUGCUUGUCCACCUAGCAGGUCCCUUUUAGAACUCAUAACAUCCAUCCUGACAAGGGAGAAGGUCGGUUGCAAGUCCUGGUGGGACUGGCUGGAUCUGCUGGUUUCCUUAAGCACAAAGGACAAAUAAUGUGUCACCUUAAAAGCUAACUUGAUGGGACGUGGGUGGCGCUGUGGGUUAAACCUAGGACUUGCCGAUCAGAAGAUCGGAGGUUCGAAUCCCCGCGACGGGGUGAGCUCCCGUUGCUCGGUCCCUGCUCCUGCCAACCUAGCAGUUCGAAAGCACGUCAAGUGCAAGUAGAUAAAUAGGUAUCACUCCGGUGGGAAGGUAAACGGCGUUUCCGUGCACUGCUCUGGUUCGCCAGAAGCGGCUUAGUCAUGCUAGCCACAUGACCCAGAAGCUGUACGCCAGCUCCCUCGUCCAAUAAUGUGAGAUGAGCGCCGCAACCCCAGAGUCGGUCACGACUGGAACUAAUGGUCAGGGGUCCCUUUACCCUUUACCUUUUAAAAGCUAAUUUGAGACUAUGAAAGUUUAUGUCCCGAACUUCCCCCUGCUGAACUGCGGGGAUUUUCAUCCUUGAAAAGUCCAAAUCAGAAAGAAAAACCCUGCGUAAAAGUGGGAAAGGUCUGGGACAACAUUGGGAUGGGCUGCACAUUUUCUUCUGGUUUGGAUGUGCCCUUGGGGCUUAUCCACGCUUCCUCUUGUGUCGCUGCUUCCCCCGUGGAAAACUGCUCUUCUGCACAAAUGGCAAUUCAGGUUUUCUCUGGAUUGCUGUUUCUUCUGAUUGAUCGCAGGUUUUCCUUUGGAAAGGAGCAGGGCAAGGGGGAAGCCUCUGUGAUGCAUGCCUAGAACAUGCAAAUCAAGCAAAAAACUGCUCAGACUCAUGCUGUCUAGGCAUGGCACAAGGGGAAGUGUAGCUGAGCCCAGUAGUGGAUUAGGACCAGAAGAGAAUUGAGAGCAGGGCAGGGCAGGUUAAUCCCAAGAGAAAAGCCCUCCCUCUCCCUUCAAAAAGUCUGAAGCAUCAUAUCAAAGCCACACAUGCUUCUUAUUGACAGGAUAGAAGUUUAUAAAAUUUUGCCUGGCAUGGAAAAAGCGAAUGGAGAAAAGUUUCCCCUCCCUCUCUCCUAACACUAGAACUCCUGGGCAUCGACUGAAGCUCAGCCUUGGAAGCAUCAGGACAGAAAAAAGAAAGCACUGCUUCAUGCGCCACAUAGUUAAACUGUGGAACUCACUGCCACAAGAGGCAGUGAGGGCCACCAACUUGGAUGGGCUUUUAAAAGAGGAUUAGACAAAUACAUGGAGGAGAGGUGGCUACUAGUCUUGGUGACUAUGCUCUGCAUCCUUCUGAAUAGCAGCUGCUUGGAGGGGAGAGUGUUUUUGUGCUCAGAUCCUGCUUCUGGGUUUCCCAUUAUGGACAUCUGGUCGGCCGCCAUGAGAACAGAGUGCUGGACUAGAUGGGUCAUUGGCCUGAUCCAGCAGCCUCUUCUGAUGUUUUUAUAUGUUCUUAUUUAUUUGGUAAGGGGACGCGGGUGGCGCUGUGGGUUAAACUACAGAGCCUAGGGCUUGUCGAUCAGAAGGUCGGAGGUUCGAAUCCCCACGACAGGGUGAGCUCCCGUUCCUCAGUCCCUGCUCCUGCCAACCUAGCAGUUCAAAAGCACGUCAAAGUGCAAGUAGAUAAAUAGGUACCGCUCCAGCGGGAAGGUAAACGGCGUUUCUGUGCGCUGCUCUGGUUCGCCAGAAGCGGCUUAGUCAUGCUGGCCACAUGACCCAGAAGCUGUCUGCAGACAAACGCCGGCUCCCUCGGCCAAUAAAGCGAGAUGAGUGCUGCAACCCCAGAGUCAGUCACAACUGGACCUAAUGGUCAGGGGUCCCUUUACCUUUACCUAUUUAUUUGGUGGGUGGAGGAAGAAUAAAAGGUGUCGUCAAAAGGGCUCAUUCUGCUCUGAAAACCAAAACCCUUGGCAUUUGAGUCAACCAUAGUCUUAGCUUACCUGGUGUGUGUGAACAGGAGAUGCAGCAGAGGAAGGCACAGGGAGAGAAGCUUUGGGGGGGGGCAUGGGGUCUGGGAUAUGAGGUAGAGCCCUGAGAAAGUGGGGCUGCCCUUGCACAUAUACCUUGUUGAGAUCCAAACUAUGUACAGUAUACCCACAAUAAAAUACUUCCUGCAGUACAGGAACCACAGCUAAAUUGACAGCCUUUGCCUUUGAACAGCUCCUGAUUGGCUACAGAUCUUGGCCGGGACAGUCCUGCUACAUCACCAGAAUGAAGAAGGAAAACAUUCAGAGCCUGGAUGCUGCUGUCAAGGUGUUCCAGAACAUCCAGGUUAGAAUAAUUGCCCUAACUCUACAUUCAGAGUUUCCAAGGCAUGGAAAGAGCAAAUCAUGUGGGAAGAUUGCUUCUGGACUGUACCACUUCACACAUUGCAGGUGGCUGAAUGUCCCACCAUUCUCUAAAACAACCACAAACCCAGUCCUGGGACACAUAACACCCUGGCCUGCAGUAAUGCAAGGACAUUGCGAUUUGCUGUUUGGGCUGUUUGGGGUAGCAGUUAUCUUUUGAGAGUGGCUAGACGGGGAUCCCUGUCCUUAAGGCUGGCUGCCACUGGUUUGCAGACAGGACAUGAGGGCAGAAUGAAAACAGACCAGUGCUUUCUCAUGUCCCAUUUCUCCAUUCGGGAAAACUGCUCUUUAGUGCUCAAUCAGAACAAAUGGCAAUUCCGUUUUUCCAUAGGUUGCCAUUUGUUCUGCUCUAUCACAGGUUUUUCCCCAGAAAGGAGUGGGCCAAGGGGAAAACCACUUGGACCCGUGCUUUCUAGGCACACAGGACAGGUGGAUGUGUGAACAAGUCCCAAGAGCUGAAGGGAAUCCAUCCACACCCACCUGCUGAUUGUCGGAACGUCUUUAAAGCCGCUUAGAAAACUAUGCAGAACCUUUCCCAGAGGGAUUUGGAGGGACUGUGUGAAGCGGUCAGGCUGUGUCAAAGUUUGCAGGGCAAUUUUAUAUUUCAGAGAAACAUAAUAAUAAUAAUAAUAAUAAUAAUAAUUAUUUUUAUUUCUACCCCGCCCUCCCCAGCCAAGGCCGGGCUCAGGGCGGCUUACAAGCAAUAAUAAAAAACAAGUUGAAUGAUUACAACUUAAAAACAAAAUUAAAACACAACAUUAAAAUAUUAAAAAGUAGCCUCAUCGCAGGAGGAGAAGGAAAGGAAAAAGAAAGAGAGGGAGGGAGGGAAUCAAAUUGGCUCCAAGCCAAAGGCCAGGUGGAACAAUUCUGUCUUACAGGCCCUGCGGAAAGAAAUCAGAUCCUGCAGGGCCCUGGUCUCAUGAGACAAAGCGUUCCACCAGGCUGGAGCCAGAGUUGAAAAGGCCCUGGCUAUGGUUGAAGCCAAUCUAACUUCCUUGGGGCCCAGGACCUCUAGGGUGUUGCUAUUUAUGGACCAUAAGGUCCUCCAUGGGACAUACCGGGAGAGGCGGUCCAGUAGGUACGAGGGUCCAAGGCCGUGAAGGGCUUUAAAGGUCAAAACCGUGAAGGGCUUUAAAGGUCAAAACCAGCACCUUAAAUCUGACCCUGUACUCCACUGGGAGCCAGUGCAGCUGGAAAAGCACUGGGUGAAUAUGCUCCCAUGGCAGAGACCCUGUGAGGAGCCUCACUGCAGCAUUCUGCACCCGCUGGAGUUUCUGGGACAGCUUCAAGGGCAGCCCCGCGUAGAGCGAAUUACAGUAGUCAAGCCUGGAGGUGCCCGUCGCGUGGAUCACUGUAUUGUAAACAUACAAUUAUAGAAUUGGAUGGGGUUCCUCAGGGUCGUACCAUUAACAAAGAGAUCUGUUUUUGCAGCCCAAGCCUCCGGCGUCAUCCCUCAAAGAGAAUGAGGAGGGAACAGACGUGCCACUGGCUGACCGUUCUAUCCUGGGUACCACCAUCAACAUCCUCUGUAGCAGUGUCCCCAUCUACUGGGCUUAGAGAAGGAGAGAUGGGUGAGAGAAGUGAAGACCAAAGACCCAACAGAACAUGCACACCAGCAACGAAAGUCAAACUUCCUGCAACAGGGAUGCUGUGCAAGAGAGAUCCCUGAAAUGGCCCUGUGGGAGCCCUCAGCCUUUAUGUAGAGAUCAUAGAAUUGCAGAAUUGGAAGGGACCCAAAGUCUCAUGGAGUCCAACCCCCUGAAAUGCAGGAAUCACAACAGAUAGAUAGAUGGAUAGAUAGAUAGAUAGAUAGAUAGAUAGAUAGAUAGAUAGAACUGCAAACAACACCCCUUUGCUAAUCUCUUGGCCUCAGGGGAUAAAGUCCAUUCUUGGUCAAUUGCCACGACUUCAUCAGAAUAGAGAGCCACAUGCAGCAAAUACAUGGAUUGAAGCAUUGCUAGACUAAGCCGUUUCAUGGGAAGGGGAGCCAUUCCUCAAAGGCAGAGCCCAUGCAGAAAGUCCCAUGUUCAAGCCCUGGUAUCUCCAAGGUGAAAGGCUCUUGCCUGAAAUCUUGGAGUCGAGGAAUCAGAUGGUGGAGAACGUGCUGAGCUAGCUGGACCCAUCUGGGCUCAGACUACAGAUAGAAGCUGGAGUGCAUGUUCUCAUAUCUGCACACACUUCUGGCAUGGUAUUUCAUAAUUGUUUUAUUUCACAAAAUUUGUACUCAGCUUGAUCGUAAAAAAAAGCAACAACCUCAAAGCAGUUUACAAAAAAAGAUAAAACCAAAAAAUUACCAAUUAGACACAUUAACAACAAUAAUUUAAGACCUACAAAAGUAGGGUUGCCAUAUAUCCGGACUUUCGCAGACAUACAUGGAAUACCACAGUCAGAAGCAGUGUCCGGGUGGAAAUUGGGCAAAAAACAAAAGUCUGCGAAAAUCCAGACGUAUGGCAACCAUAUCAGCAGUGUCAUUUUUGCCUAUUUUCCUUAAAAAUUGCUGGAAAACGUACUUUUGGGCAAGAACUUUGGGCAAAAAACCCCAAACCAAAACAAACCAUCUCAACAACAUUGCCGGGGGGGGGGGGGAACUCAACAACUUUUGUGUCCAGCUUUUCACUUUUUGAAAUAUGGCAACCCCACGAAAAGUUAAAAUAACAACAGGCUAAAAAACAGAUUAAAACUCAUAUCAACCUUCUAAAUAUCUGAGUUAGGCUGGCCUAAAACUUAAAUAUUUUUAAUAGGUGCUGAAAAGAGAACAGUGAAUGUGUGCUCCUGGUAUCAAUAGGCAGGGAGUUCCAAAGUACUAAAAGACAGAGUUCAUACAAAUGUGGCACCUGUAGCAGUGCCACUUCUGCCAAUCAAAGUGGUCCAGCGGGCAAGGCAAUCUUGCCGGUAAUAACUCUCUCCAUGCCAGCUUAGUAUGUGCAGGAUGCUAGUCCAACAUGUACAGAGAGAGAGAGAGAGUUUGCUUUCAGAUGGGGAUGAGACAGGACAUCCAGACAUUUAAUCCACUAGCUGCAAUUUGAGGGAAAGCACUUAGCCCAGCCAUGUUAUCAUCAUGUAUCCUGGCCCUAAGCAGAUGGGAAUUCAAGACAAGGCAAGGAAACAGAUUUUAUGUCCUAAACUUUUUUUUUGAAAAAUCUAUUGUUAUAAGAAUAAUUCUGCUUGAACAUCUCUAGCUGCUGAUAUCAACCAUGCACAUCUUUUUAUUGUAUGCUUUGUACUGGUCGUCUGCUGGUUAUGUUCCCUUUUUCUUAACGCUGCUUGUCAAAUCUAUAAUCAUCAAUAAAGUGCAGGAAGGCAAAAUUUGAGCUGUUGGGGGGGUGUCUUAAUAAUGCCAGAAAAGAUCUGGCCUUGAGUUUGCUAUGAGUUUGCUGGAAGAUCCAGUACAUAUAAAAAUAAGUAUUUCUUU